CACAGGCAGCUCUCUCGCAACGAAAAUAAAUGUAGGCACUUUUUCUUUCCCUUAAAAAACCUUUUUGACCUGGAUGGAGAACUAUAAUAACACUCUGUGCACCGGAGGCAUUUAGUUGCUUCUUCUGAUUGUCAUUAAAGAGAUAAGUAAGAAAAAGGUCUUGUUCUCCAUGAGGUCUUUCUAUGGGUUGUACCCGUACAAGUCAAGCAUGAUUGGUCUGGAGUCGCUGGCAGAUCCAUCUGCUGACUGGGACAUUAUGGAAACCAUUGGAAAAGGAACAUAUGGAAAAGUGUACAAAGUCAUCAACAAGAAGGAUGGAAGUCAAGCAGCCGUUAAAGUUUUGGAUCCCAUUAAUGAUGUGGAUGAGGAGAUUGAAGCAGAAUAUAACAUCCUGCGCUCGCUGUCCAACCAUCCCAAUGUGGUCAAGUUCUUGGGCAUGUUUUACAAAGCAGAUGAGCUCUCUGGAGGACAACUGUGGCUCGUUCUGGAGUUGUGUAAUGGAGGUUCAGUAACUGACCUGAUAAAGGGUUUGCUGAUGAGAGGGAAACGUCUGGAGGAGUCCAUCAUCUCCUACAUUCUGUAUGGAGCGUUGCUGGGUCUCCAGCAUCUUCACAACAACAGAAUUAUCCACCGGGAUGUGAAGGGCAACAACAUUCUUCUCAGCACCGAUGGCGGAGUCAAGCUGGUGGACUUUGGUGUCUCGGCUCAGCUGACCAGCGCCCGUCUGCGCAGAAACACAUCUGUAGGAACUCCAUUCUGGAUGGCACCUGAGGUAAUAGCGUGUGAACAGCAGUAUGAUUACUCGUACGAUGCCCGCUGUGAUGUCUGGUCUCUGGGCAUCACUGCCAUAGAGCUGGCAGAUGGAGACCCACCCCUGGCAGAGAUGCACCCGGUCAAAGCACUCUUCAAAAUCCCACGGAACCCAUCUCCCACCCUUCGCCACCCGGAUCAGUGGUGCAGAAGUUUCAGCCACUUCAUUGCUCAGUGUUUGAAAAAAGAUUUUGAGACGCGGUCAUCAGUGACGCAUCUGCUGGAGCAUCCGUUCAUUAAACAGGCUCAAGGGAAAGACACGUCGCUCAGGCAGCAGCUUUCAGUCCUCAUCCGAGAACAACAAGAUGUUGGGAGCAGGACCAAGACGAGGCACGAGAGGAUCAACACGCGAAAAACAUUGAUCAUUGAGAGCUGCCCAAAUGACGAUCUCGUGAACCUGGAGGUCUUAGAUGAGGACACGAUCAUCACACAUCUUCAGAAGCGAUAUGAAGAAUUACAGAUCUACACAUAUGUUGGUGACAUCCUCAUAGCCUUGAACCCCUUCCAGAACCUCAGCAUCUACUCUCCAAAGUUCUCCAAGCUCUAUCAUGGGAUGAAACGCUCUACUAACCCUCCGCACAUCUAUGCCACUGCGGAUGCAGCCUAUCAGAGCAUGGUGACACUCUCCAAAGACCAGUGUAUAAUCAUCAGUGGAGAGAGUGGAGCUGGUAAAACUGAGAGUGCUCACCUCAUCGUCCAACAUCUCACCUUUCUGGGCAAGGCUAAUAACCGAACACUACGUGAGAAGAUUCUUCAAGUGAACCCCUUGGUGGAGGCGUUUGGUAAUGCAUGCACGGCCAUUAACGAUAACUCCAGUCGAUUCGGAAAGUAUCUGGAGAUGAAGUUCACACCUACAGGGGCGGUGAUGGGUGCUAAGAUCUCCGAGUACCUUCUGGAAAAAUCAAGAGUCAUCAAACAGGCAACGGGUGAAAAAAACUUCCACAUAUUUUACUACAUCUAUGCGGGUCUUUACCACCAAGACAAGCUCAAGAAAUACAGGCUACCAAAUAAAACUGCUCCCAGGUACAUUGACUGUGUUAACAGUAAAGUGAUGCAGGACAUCAUCUCCAGCAAACUGUACACGGAGCAGUUUGGCGCCAUUCAGGACUGUUUCCGAAUCAUAGGCUUUACUGAGGAGGAGGUGAAUUCAGUUUACAUGAUCUUAGCGGCCAUUUUAAACACAGGAAGUAUUGAGUUCACAUCGACCACAUCUCAGCAUCAGAGCGACAUGAGUGAGGUACCCAACUCUGAGGCCUUAGACAACGCUGCUGCUCUACUCAGUAUCGGUUCUGAGGAGCUUCAGGAAGCUUUGACCUCUCACUGCGUGGUAACUCGAGGAGAAACCAUCAUCCGCACCAACACCGUGGACAAGGCCACUGAUGUGAGAGACGCCAUGUCCAAGGCGCUGUACGGCCGCCUCUUCAGCUGGAUCGUGAACCGCAUCAAUGCCCUACUGCAGCCUGACACCAACAUCUGUGCGGCCGAGAGCGUGAUGAACGUGGGGAUUUUGGACAUCUUUGGUUUCGAGAACUUCAAGAAGAACUCAUUCGAGCAGCUGUGUAUCAACAUCGCUAAUGAACAGAUUCAGUUCUACUUCAACCAGCACAUCUUCGCUCUGGAACAGAUAGAGUAUCAAAGUGAGGGUGUAGACGCCAGUCUGGUGGAAUAUGAGGACAACAGGCCCAUUCUCGACAUGUUUCUGCAAAAGCCCAUGGGUUUACUGUCUCUGCUGGAUGAGGAGAGCCGCUUCCCACAGGCUACAGACCAAACGCUUGUCGAUAAGUUUCAGGAUAACCUAAAAAACAAGUACUUUUGGACACCAAAGCGUGUGGAGCUUUGCUUUGGGAUCCAGCAUUAUGCUGGCAAGGUCUUGUACAGCGUCAGUGGAUUUUUGGAGAAGAACCGAGACACUCUGCCUGCAGACAUCGUGGUGGUUUUGAGAACGUCAGAGAACAAACUCCUUCAGCAGCUGUUUUCCAGUCCACUGACUAAAACAGGUAACUUGGCCACAUCCAGAGCCAGAGUGACAGCAGCAUCCAGAUCUCUGCCUCCACAGCUGAACGGCGGACGCAAUAAGUCUCCUAAAUACCUGUUAAAGGUGGACACCAUGGAAAUGAUGCGUCAUCCAGAGGAAACCACUAACAUGCGGAGACAGACCGUGGCAUCUUAUUUCAGAUACUCACUCAUGGACCUGCUGUCUAAGAUGGUGGGGGGCACACCUCAUUUUGUCCGCUGUAUCAAACCCAACGAUGACCGCCAGGCCCUGCGCUUCAGUAAAGAGCGUGUGAUGGUUCAGCUGCGCUACACCGGUAUCCUGGAGACCGUCAACAUCCGGCGGCAGGGCUACUCUCACCGGAUUCCCAUCCAGGAGUUUGUCAACAGGUAUUACUACCUGUCCUUUCGGGCUCAUCAGAUGCCAGAGGGAAGUAAAGAGAGCGCCAUCAUUAUACUGCAGAAGGCCAAACUGGACAACUGGGUCAUGGGCAAGACUAAGGUGUUUUUGAAGUACUAUCACGUGGAGCAGCUCAAUCUGAUGUUGCGGGAGGUGAUCGCUCGGGUGGUGUUGAUGCAGGCCUACACCAAGGGUUGGCUGGGAGCUCGACGCUAUCGCAGAGCGAGAGAGAAACGCAACGACGGGGCUGUUAUCAUACAGUCAGCCUGGAGGGGUUAUGUGGCCCGUCAAAAUCUGAAGCUCAUAAAGAGAGAGCGUGAACAGGCCGCUGUGCGGAUCCAGUCAGCAUACAGAGGGCACAGAGUCAGAAAAGACUUCAGACACAGUCGACAGUUGACAGGACAAGACGCACCAGAAACAAGAACAUCUCCCAGUCCAGAGGACAAGGUUGCACAUACAGAAACAGGCGGUAGAGAGGAAUGCUCCAGUGACGUGUGUGUGCCGAACACAGACAGCAGAGAGACAGACAGGAGACAGACGAGAUCUGAACUGAGCAAACAAGGUCCGCUGGUGAAGCUGCAUCAACGCGCCCCUCGGCGAAGAGGACAGCAGCCCAAGCUCCUGAACAGCCCUGAAGACAGUCUUUAUUACAACCAUCUUAACAGAAGUCUGGAUUACCAGGGGAGCAAGAGGAAGCCCCGGAAACUGGGGCAAGUAAAGCGGCUAGACGGAGAGGAUGAAUAUUAUCAAUUACUGUCUGCAAUAGAGUCCGUCCCUGAGGAGGAAGGAUUAUCGGGCCCCUUCCCAAACCCCCCGACUGCCCCUCCCAUCAUUUCCUCCAGAUGAGUUGCGCUCCGCCCACAACUCUGUCUCCUGUUGACAGCUGAUCGCCGCCUUCUACCUUUGGCUGCAAAAUGUGCGUAUGUAAUCAUGAGGAAUAGUCAUUUAUGUAUGCAUCAUUUUCUCAGUGUUUUAUAUGUGUAUUUAUUUUAAAUGACACAUUUGCUGUUAAUUAUAUUAUGUCUUUCAAUGGCAGCCUUUUGAUAUUAAAUAUUUAAAUAUACAAUUUAAUAUUUAAAAGAAUAUGUUGCCAAAAAUAAUUUGAUGAGUGAAAUGGGAAGAUGUGACAUUUUGUGGUCCCUUGUUUCUUUUUUUGAAUCUUGAUUUGUGAAUCCAAUACAGUAUUUUGCGUCUGGCAGAACAGUGUGAACAUCAUCUUGUUUUGCAGUCCAAAAAAUGAUUUAUGGAUUUUAUAGAAGAAGAGCAAUGCUGCAUCAUUGGCUCUUAAUGCAAGUACGUAUCGGUUACAAUGAUCUUUGAAAACUUAUGGGAGCACAGUUUUGAAAAGAAACCAUGGAAAAUAAUACACUGCUUUAAUGGCAUGUUUGUGUUUGGCUUAUGUUUAAACCAUGUACGUCUUACUGUUUUCAAACUUUUAUCAACUGUUUUGUAUUCUGUGUAAGAAAUUAAAAAAUAAG